GAAAUAAAAACCAAUAAGUCUGGAACAAGCACAGAGUUCAAGGAAUCGAGAGUUCCAACUCCCAUUCUUUCCCAUCCCUCUCUACACCAUGAGGGAAAAGCAACUGCCCAAACCGGUCUUGAUUCUACUUUUUCUGCUCCUUCCCAGUGAUGCUUCAGCUGCUGCAGAACCGCAAUACAUGGUGCUGGUCCCAUCAGAGCUCUACACUGGAGUUCCUGCAAAGGCCUGUGUCUUCCUUAAUCACAUAAAUGAGAGUGUGACACUGAAUGUGACUCUGGAGUAUGAAGGGGAGGAGAGCAGGAAUCUCCUCACAGACCUGGUGACUGAGAGAAACUCUUUCUACUGCAGCCCCUUCAUUGUAAGUGUCACUUCUUAGGAUAAGGGCAAGGGGUAAAGAGAGACCAUAUUGGAUACCUGGUGUUUUGAUCCCU